ACGCAGAUAUCGUUGGUUUCGGGCUGGGGAAUGGAGCUGAAAGCGCCGAAAGUGUCGCAACGCCUUUCGUCGCUCAGAUAUUUCCCAGACACAACCCUAAUGUCUUCCAUUUGGUAUUCUUUUGGUUCCUCCGUUUUCUUUCCUUUCUUUGACCAUAUUUAUUUGGCGAAAAAAGCAAAACAACAGAUUUGGCAAAACAAAAACCAGAAAAUUUUACGGUUUCAGGUUGUACGUUUGUGCUUUCCCCAUCAUUCAAAUUUGAUUUCAGCAACUUUCUCAUUUGGGGUUGAACAAUCUUGGGUUUUAUUUUGAUCCAACAAAUUAUUCUUUUGUUCCCCUUCUGUCUCUCUCUCCGGGGUCUCUCUUUUUUUCUUUUUUUUUUUAUAAACUCUCCGAUCUCUUCUUUGUGAUAAAGAAGAAGGAGGUUUUUUUUUGUGUGGAUUUUCGCUUGAUUUUUUAUGGCCUUAUUUCCUUUGUUGAGUUAUUUAUCAUAUUGAUCUUUGGCUCAAGGGGAAGCUUAUCAUUGCCGGUGCCGCUUCCGGCGUUUCGAUUUCAGCGGCAAGGCAUUGGAUACCGCAAGGCUUUUUAUUAUUGAAUUGACUUGCAAUACUUCACUGCAGAAGUAAGAGCCGAAAUUCUAAUCACACCUUUGGAACCUUAAUGUCGGUAAUUAAUAAUUUCAGUUAUGGACUUGGAGCAUGGUUGCCUUAGCAGUACGCACUUGGGAACACACCCAGAGAUUACUGAGGGAAACGGAAUAAGUAAGCAUUCUGAAACACGUCCAGAGGUUCUUGAAGGAUGUGGAGGAAGUGAGCACUUCGAAAUAAAUCCAUUUCUUAUUGAUGGGAGCCAAAGCAUUACGGAUGCUGAAACGCAUUCAAUUGAAAUAGACAGGACUGGGAGCAGUAGGCAUUCAGAGACACAGGCGAACGUUAUAGAUGGAAGUGAUAGCUGUCAAGAGGAUCCUAGUAAUGAAGGCGAUCCACAUGCCCUAGCCAAAAGGUUAGGGCCUUCUUAUUCUUCAACUUCAUCUUCAUCACAUUCGUCAUUGGAAUUUCUCUUCCAAGGAGAUUCAGUUGUAGCCUCCAAAUCUGGACAAUCCACUCCUUCCUUCCCUUCACCUGAAAAAGAUACCCAACUGGCAUUCCAAGAUGAAAGUGAAGUUUCCAGCAACAUCUUUUCCAAAUCAGAUGAGCGUGACAAUGAUGGUCCAGAUCCCUUAUCGACAUCUCAAGUUCCUGAGAUAAACCAUGAAUCAAUGGUGCAUGGUACGUCACCAACACAAUCCCCUCAGGUACAAGUGAUGAAUCGGUCAGGAGGAUACGAUCCUAACAGAAUUCCGUCUUCUGUGUUUGCAAGAAGUAAGUCCACAACGCCAAUGGAAUGGAGUGUUGCUUCCAAUGAAUCAUUGUUUAGCCUUCACAUAGGGAACGCUAGUUUCUCCAAAGACCAUGUGUUUUUGUUUGGUGAUCUAAAGCCUGAAGAACUGAUAAAAUCGGAUGAGUUGUUUGCGCUCAGCCCAACCUCUCCACUUCCAGAACUGGGAACUGACAAAAAGAAUAUCAAGAUAGCUCAUGAUUCUGAAGCUACAGUAGUGGCUGAUGAGAUCGUUAAGGAUUCAGAAAGAGUUAGUGUGGAAGCUCAGAGUGAGGAAAAGAUGUCACCUCCAGUAGUUUCCUGGAAUUCCUCUAGUCUCUCCCACCGUUCAGAUGAGAGUGUAGCCUCAUUUGCUUUUCCCAUUUUGGCUGGAGGGGAAAGGAGUGGUCGUCUCAAGACAGAUGGAGGGAAGCGGCUUCAAGAGCCACCAGCCCCCAAAGUGACUUCAAAUUCAACAUCCAAAUGUUGUUUUCCUUGCCUUUUUUGGCGCCCAUGGUGCUUUCGAUCUCAUUGUUGUUGAGCAAAAAUUUGUAAGUAAACAAUUUCAGGCCUUCCCUUUGCACAUGGGGCAGUCAAGUGGGCAGCUCAUGUCAUCUACAGAGAUAGGGCACCCCCAUCAGAUCCCUUGCUCUAUCCGGAAGUCUCGGGCAGUCUGCAUUUUGGUGUGGAAGCCACAAUAUCUCGGCUAAUUCUACCAAUAUAUACUCAAAUAUAACAGAGAAAAUUCCUUUGAAAAACUGUCGUCUUCCCUUGGCCGCUGCUGCAUCAGAAAGUCGAAUGUGCCAACUGAAUAGGAAGGGUCACCCCAUUACUAGAAAUACUUAAAAACUUUAUCUGUUGCCUCUUCUGAAGGAGUCUGGUUUGCUUUUUUAGGGGAUUUUUUUUUCUAACCUUACAUUAGCAACUUUGAAGGCAGUAUUGUAUGUAUGGCUAAGGGGGAUUGAGGAUUAUGAAAGAUAAACUCCUUUGAGGGCGUUUUGGAAAUGAAUAAUAGUAAUUAUAACAAAUAUAUAUAGAGAGAAGUGAAUUUGAACAAGCA